AAAUUUCCCCGUUCGGUGGCUGCUUUUUUCCCUGUGUUGCUCGCUCGCUCGCUCGCUCUCGCUCUCUCUCUCUCUCUCUCUCUCUCAACCCACCUUACUUUGUUCUUCCUUUCUCGUUCUUGACUGCGCAACCAUGGCUUUCAGGAUGGGAGGGGGGAAUGCCUCAUCCGGCAUGGGCGUUGCUGAACAUAGUGUAAGCACAUUUCUGGAACUGCAGAGGAAGAAAGUGCACCGUUAUGUGAUUUUUAAAAUUGACGAGAAUAAGAAAGAGGUUGUGGUUGAAAAGACUGGAGGCCCUGCUGAGAGCUAUGACGAUUUCACCGCAUCCUUGCCUGAGAACGAUUGUCGAUAUGCUGUGUACGACUUCGAUUUUGUGACAGCUGAGAACUGUCAAAAGAGCAAAAUCUUUUUCAUUGCAUGGUCCCCUUCGGUAGCUCGUAUUCGUGCUAAAAUGCUUUAUGCAACAUCGAAGGACAGGUUCAGGAGGGAGCUGAAGGGCGUCCAUUACGAGAUACAAGCAACGGACCCAACAGAGAUGGAUCUUGAAAUCCUUAGAGAGCGCGCGAACUGAGCAUCUACCCAAGCCUAGAGCUUGUCUUGUGUCUAGGUAAUGUAGUUUAGGGUAUCUGAAGCCUUAAGGGAAUGAUAUUGACUAAUUCCCUCAAGUCACUAUGGUCUUUGUUUGUUUUGACACAAUUACUUAUCAAGUAAAUAAUAACCUACACCUGUGAAGGCUGAUUAGGGUUUCCUUUCUUAGAAACCCCCAUUGCAGGGGGGAACUAGAGCUCUUCCUUACUACUUCCAUGAUGCUUCUCAGGUGCAGAGUUAUACAUACCAUUAUGGAUAUUGAAAAUUUGACUUGUACUCUCUAUCAAAGACUUGUACUCUAUUCAUCA